UCCAGCGACCAGACACCAUGUGCGCAGGGGGAGGAGAGAGAGCAGAGGAGGCGCGCGAAGGCUGAACCCCGGCAGCCAGACACCAGAUCCGAAGAGGGGAGCCGGCGGAAGGGGUCCGCGGGCGCUGGCGGUGCGGAGCGCGUGCGGUCCGAGGGCAGAUCGGGGGACCUGGCGUGGCCCUGCCCGCAGCCCGCGGCGAUGGGCGAGGCGAGCCGGGUGUGCUCCGGCUACUACAGCCUCAACCACAGCUUCGUGGAGCCCUUCCCGUGUCCCCGGCGCGGAGAGGCGGCCGCCCUCCGCUACUGCUGCGGCUUCGCAGACCUCAAGUACUGCUGCAGCGAGCCGGGCAGCUACUUCCCCUACAAGCACAGCUACAUGUGGAGCCUCAGCAUCGGUGCCCUGAUUGGAUUGGGAAUUGCUGCCCUUGUUUUACUUGCCUUUGUCAUCAGCGUCUGUGUCCUUUGCUAUCUAUUUCUGCAUACAAAGCCUCAAAGGUUAGACACUGGCCUUAAACUUCAACACCUAGAGACUUCUUCCACUCAAGAAGGCAACUCAAAUAGGAAAAUCAAAACCCCCAAUUCAAACGCAGCAUCAAAUUCAACAAAUGAAACAAUCUAUGAAGCUGAUGAUGUAAUUGAGGAAAAAACAAUGGAUACAACACAAAUCAACAUCGUGUAUUAUUAAAAAUUCUGUGUUAUAAAAGCUCACAGGAGAGAUGGAACAGUAAAAAUAAAGUGCAUUUUAAAUAGUUUGUAAUAAUACUUUAAAAAAAUUCACCACUCACAAAGCAAAACAUAAUUUUGCAUUUUUAAUCAAUCUUUUUAUUAAACACCCACUAAGGAUUUAAUAGAUUUUCAUGUACAUGUUUACUUUUACUUGCUAAUUAAAAUGUACAUUAUACAAAAUUAUGCUAAUACUUUCGGCAAAGUUAAAUAAUUUAUCAAUUAGCAGAUAAGCAAGCCUAUCUCUGUGAGAAACAAUGAGACAUAUUACCAGAAUUUCACGACUUUUUGGUACUUAGAGGCAGUUAUUUUUUUAAAGCGAUGGCGCAGAUAGGUAGAUUUUGGGAGAACGGUCUUAUAAACUAGAGGUGGAAUGCUCCUAAGUCUCUUAAAAGUCAACCCAUGCCUUUUUUUAGAGGAUUUGCUGGCACACUCACCAUAUAUUUAUUGCCUUUAUAAAAGCUAACAUUCAAAACCAAAAUACAUUACAAUGUAUAAUCUGCAUAAUACAUGUUUUCUGCAUACUGAAGGAUAACCAUGACAAAAGUCCUUCACUGAGAAAGUUCCUGGAUCUACCUAAUGCCACUGAGACAGCUACAAAUAAACUACAGUUUCUGCAAAUUA